CUUCCUUCUUUGUUAGUACCGCCUCUCCCUCCAAUCCAACACGGACCCCAGGCGCCUCCUCUGAGGUCUUUAUUUCCUCCCCCUUCCGCCGUUGGUUCCCGUCGCACCGUCAGACAAGCUCAAGAAGAGAGGAGAGAGAGAGAGAGACAGACAGCACCUGCCGCCGCGUUUCCUCCCCCUCGCUGAGAGAGCGACCAUGACGCAGCCGCCGCGUCUGCACCCGAUCGUUGAGCAAGCGACCAAGACGCUGCCGCCGCUCGGCAAGAAGACGAAGGGGCGGCAGCGCCGGGAGAACCGCCGGGUGGAGAAGAAGGAGUCGCGGCAGGUGACCUUCUCCAAGCGCAAGUCCGGGCUCUGGAAGAAGGCCGCGGAGCUCGCCGUGCUCUGCCGCGCCAGCCUCGCCAUCGUCGUCUUCUCGGAGGCCGGCAAGGCGUUCGCCUUCGGCAGCCCCUCUACCGACGCCGUCCUGGGCUGCGCCGACGCCCUUGCUCCUGUUCCUGCUGCCGACGACGUGGAGUGGGAGGCCCUGGAGGCGCUGUACCGGGAGACGGAGGCCAAGGGCGUGGAGGUCGCGGCGGAGGCCGAGCGGAUGAGCGCCGUCGGCAAGAAGGUGGUGGAGGUGCAGACGCAGGCGGGGAAGCGGUUCAGGUGGGAGGCUGACGUGGAGGCGCUCGGGGAGGCGGAGCUGCCGGUCUUCGCCAGGGCGCUCCAGCGCCUCCGGGACAACGUGCGCCGCCACGCCGACAAGAUGCCCUCCGCUGCUCCACCGCAGCAGUAGUCCAGGGCAGGCCGAGCUUCGGUUAAUCGCCAUAUGUUCUUGGACCAUCUUUGCUUAGUUGCCUUUUGCUAGUACUGUAGUACUGUGUAGUAAGGCUACUGAUUUCAAGAUUAAUAAGUUGUUUUCUUCUCA